AUGAAUUACUUAUCAAAGAAAGAGACUAGGCAGAGGUCAGUGGAGGAGGAGAAGGAGGAGGAGGUGAAGGAGGAGGAGGAGGAGAAGGAGGAGGUGAAGGAGGAUCUGGUGUCGCCUCGAAAAAAGGACCUGUUGACAAACUUCACCACAUUAAAGUCUGCCUCCUCAAAUGACCCGGCCCUUCGUGCUCGCGUGGUCUCGUGCUCGCGUGGUCCCGGACCCAGGGCCGACCCUGGACGGACCCUGGACGAACCCCGGACGGACCCCGGACGAACCCCGGACGGACCCCGGACGGACCCCGGACGGACCCCGGACGGACCCCGGACGGACCCCGGACGGACCCCGGACGGACUCCGGACGGACUCCGGACGGACUCCGGACGGACUCUGCAUUUAG